CGAAUUGGGCGACCAUACGUUACCCCCUUUCCCCCCUGUCUCCCACCAUGCUGGCCGUGUUCGCAUAUGUCGCGCACUCGCGGUCGAAGGCGAAAACCCAGACACGUCAAAGUAGUACACUCAACGAGACAGUUCCUGUGUCCGCUCCGCAUGAUGUUUCCCCGGUUUCCUCGCUACAGCGAGACCCGUCCCAGGACCUCGAAAUGGCACAAGAGGCUGCACCCGCAGCAUCUGCAUUUAAUCGUCGGCAGAUAAUCCUGCUCAGCAUCGCACUGCUCAUUCCAGUGUAUUUCGAGACAUUAGACUAUACAGUGGUUGCCACCGCGCAGACCCACAUUGCCUCCGCGUUUAACCGACUUGACCUUCAAAGCUGGAUCGGCACAGCGUAUCUACUGUCAUCGACCGUCUUCUUGCCCGUCUUCGCCUCCAUAGGCGAUGUCUGGGGACGGCACUGGGCGCUGCAAGCUGCGCUCGUAUUCUUCAUGGUCGGCAGUGCCAUCAGCACCGGAGCGAACAGCAUGGUUACAAUGCUCAUAGGCCGAGGUAUCGCUGGAAUCGGUGCCGCGGGCCUACAGGCGCUGGUCAGGAUCAUUAUGAGCGACUCAGCAUCGCUCGAUGCGAAUAACUGGCAGCAGUCGAUGCUUUUCUUUCUCUUCACGAUCGGCUACUGCACAGGACCCAUCAUUGGCGGUGCUCUCUUGACCGUCUCCUUCCGGUGGAUUUUCGCGAUCAACACCGCUGACGGGACGGACGUCGACAGCCUGCCAGCAUGUGCAGUGGCCGUCGUGCUCGCAUUCUUCAUCCUGCGCACAAGAGCGAAGGGACCGCAGAGCACGGCCUCGGAGCCAGAGACCUUUUCCCAAAAGGUGCUCCGCAUCGAUUGGAUUGGCGCGGUGCUCUCUAUGGGCGGGGGAAUUUUGAUCUUGCUCGCGCUGAGCGAGGGCCCGAUCUCUGGCUGGGACACCACGCGGGUGAUCGUUUGGUUCGUUAUCGGGGGCAUUGCGUACAUCGCGUUCCUUAUUUUCGAGUGGUUCCUGCAGCGACGCUCGUCCGCGUCGACAGGAGCGGACGCGAGGCGUGGGCUGCUGCGUACGCAGCCAAUGCUUCCGCUGACCGUGUUCCGCCCGCUGAACAUCUGCGUGACGAUGGCGGCGACGUUCGUGUCGGGCAUGGUCAUGCUCGUGAUGUUUUAUUUCGUGUCGAUCUUCAUGACGAUCGUCGCGGGGCACACCGCUACCAGUGCGGGAAUUGCGUUGCUCUAUUUCGCUCCGGGUCUUGGCGCAGGCUCGUUGACACAGAUCUUCCUGAUCAAACGGCUGCGACAGCCGAGGAUUCCUAUCAUACUUGGAAGCAUCCUCAUCACAGUGUCGCUGGGUCUGGUGUCAAUGGCGGUCGAUCGGAAUAACGACUCGAUGAUUGAUGGCUUCAUGGUCGUGAGCGGCGCUGGGGUUGGCAUGUCUAUCGGCGCAUUGGCAGUGCAAGCGCGAUUCUCUCAGCCCGCCGACAAAGUUGCCAUUGUGUCAGCACUUUCCCUGUUUUUCCGCGCGCUCGGUGGCACUGUCGGUCUUGCACAGUGUGGUGCCGUCCUGAAUGGCAAGGUCGCGAGCUAUAUCACGUCGCUCUUACGCUCCGGCACGCUGUCUGCGGCCACUGCGAACAGCCUAUCGCAGGCGUCCUCCUCGUCUCUCAGCUCGCUUCAGAGCAUCAACGCGCUCCCGCAGGAAGUGCAACAAAUUGUCAAGGACGCGUUCAGAGACGGAACGCGAUGGGCAUUCAUCUCGCUCAUCCCCUGGGCGGCGCUGGCGUGUAUCGGCACGUUCUUCUUGUCGAACAUCCGUGACUCAGAUCAAAAGCCCAGCACCGCACUUGAAGACCUGUCGAAUGAAAAGGACCCGAAGCAGCCGUCGGAGGACGCUGCUGCUGCAUAACAUCUCGAUUGCCUGUGUUGUACCUAUGGCUGAGGUACUGACGUCUUAUGAUUGGGGUUGUCGUUAUUUUAUGGAGUCACCUUGCUCGUCUCACUCAUUUGCCAUUGCAUCUACCUUUAGGUGACUGUACAAUAUUUUUCUUGGGCCGUAAUUAGUUGCCAUAAUGGUCCAUAUGUUCAAGGACCGCGCCUUCAGUUGCAGGUAUUUCUGUAAGGUC